AUGGGGAGGGGAAAGAUCGCGAUUCGGAGGAUCGACGACGCGGCGAGUAGGCAGGUGACGUUCUCGAAACGUCGGAACGGGUUGUUGAAGAAGGCGAAGGAGCUCGCCAUCCUUUGCGACGCCGAGGUCGGCCUCAUCGUCUUCUCCAGCACCGGUCGCCUCUACGACUUCGCUAGCUCCAGCUUGAAGUCGGUUAUAGAGAGAUACCACAAGACAAAAGAGGAGAGCUGUCUAGUCAUGAAUGCGAUUUCAGAAGUUAAGUUCUGGCGAGGGGAGGCAGGAAGCUUGAGGCAGCAACUGCACAACUUGCAAGAGAGCCAUCGACAGUUGCUAGGAGAAGAACUUUCUGGCCUAGGUGUGAAGGAUCUACAAGUUCUGGAAAACCAGCUAGAAAUGAGUCUGCGAGGUGUACGUGUGCAGAAGGACCAAAUUUUGGCAAACCAAAUUCAAGAGCUAAACCGCAAGGGAAGUCUUAUUCAUCAAGAAAACAUGGAACUAUAUAAGGAAGUAAACAUCAUGUGUCAAGAAAACAUGGAAUUACACAGGAAGGUUCACGAAACAAGCGGGGAGAAUGAUGACAAUAGAGGCACUGUUGUUUCAUAUACUUUUCAUAUGACAGACUAUACAAAUGCUCCUUUAUAUCUAGAAUUAAGCCAACCACAGCAACAAGCAGACGGGGUGCAAUCUGGAGCUCCAAAUCUACGCAGACUUCAACUGCUUAAUGAAGGCCCAUGACUCAAGGUUGGCAACACAUGAUCUUCAACUGAUGUUAUCUUAAAAAAUGCAAUAAUGUGUUACAAGUCGAAAUAUUUUCUGGAU